AUGUUUAGGGUGCAAAAUGGCGACGAGUAUUUUCAAGGUAGAUAGGUGCGGUUCUCUUGUCCGAGUAAUUAUAAUCGCCGCACCAGCGCAACGUUAUUUCGUGUGAUAGCUUCUGCUUGUGAUUGUUUUGGUGAAAUCGAAAUAUUUGGUCGAAUUGUUGUUCGAACGGCUUGCUGCGAUAGCUCGUGGUUUAACGUGUCAGCUGUUAGAUGUUUGUAUACGUUCAGAUGCAUACAUCGUUUGUAACGCGUUGCAACGCGUUGUAAGCCACGAACAGUAUGCAAUAACGCUUUACGCUCGACAGCUGCAUCGAUCCAAUGAAACGUGAACAAUUUUUAUCGAAUAAAGAGAAAACCAGGUACAGACAUGGAGAACUUGGAAGCGUUGGGAUGGUACCUGUCCGAUCAUGGUUAUAGUGCAGCGACUGAUUCAGGAAACAUAGUUGAUACGCAAAGGAUAAUAAAACGAUUGUUAGAUCUUGAUUUAAGAGAAAUUGGUAGUGGGAAUGGCGAUAUCCAUCAGGGAAAUAUCGUGUUGCAAAUACAAAAAAUACGUAAUAUCUCUACACCUAAGGGAAAUGAGGAAUCAAAAGCAGUACCACGAAUGUUAAAAUUAUCAAUGACUGAUGGAAAAAAUAAUUUUCAAGCUUUAGAAGUUGAUCAUAUAUCAGCUUUAAACUUAAACACACCACCUGGUACAAAGAUAUUAGUAAAGUCAGGAGGUUUACCUACAUCACAUGGAAUCUUUUUAAUAAUACCGUCACAUAUAAUUCAUGUGCUUGGAGGAAGAGUUAAUAAUCUAGUGGAAAAAUGGGAAUUAAAUAAGAAAUUGGCUUUACACACCCGGGUAAGAUCUGCUGAAGAAGGCGGACCACCACCAUGGAUUCCAUUUGGCAAAAAGAUUAUAAAAGUUUCAGAGCAAGAUAAAAACUUUAAAGCUCUGGUAGAAAAGGAAAAAACUGGCAAAGAGAAUAGCGAAUUUGAGACUCAACGUAAAGAUGCAAUAGCGGAAGCUGCCAAACAAGGCUGUAAAAAAGUAUUUGGUGGCGGAAAUAAGCAGCUAUUAGAUCAUAGCGUUCAGAAAAUUGUAGAUCGAGGAUUUACCGUAGAGCAAGCUGAGUAUGCUUUGAGGGUCAAUAGAAAUAAUGUGGAUAAAGCUUUAAAAAGCUUGCAGAAAACUGACUAUAAACAUAACGCUAAGGAAUCUCGAGAAUCGCGAGAGCCACGUGGCAAGCGAUUCGACAAGAAGACCGAGGAGAGUAAACCUAGCAGUGGAAAAAUAUCCUUAUUCGACUUUCUUGAAGAUAAGCUGCCUGUGCAGGCUGAAAGUGUUGAAACAACCAUUUCAGCACAAAAUAAUUUUGCGCAGUACAACGAAAGUAAUCAAGAUCGUCUUGAAUCUAAGGGUAUCGAUACACAAAGUGGAAGAGGCGGACGAAGUCAAAAAGGAGGUCGCGGAUCCUAUCAACCUCCCCCCAGAUACUCCCAGAUGCAGGAGGAGCAUAAAAACAAUAAACGUACGAAUAAUAGCAAUUCCACCAUGUAUUCGCAAUACAACGGAGCUAGUCAUGCACAGCAAAAUAAGCCACCGAGAUUCCAGCGCAAUCAAGAGUUUCAGCAUCAAUAUCAACACGAUGGAGGUAGAGAAGCGCAAAAAUUCUCUCAGCCGAACGAUUAUAGAAAUAUGCGCGCAAGUAAUGUAAAUGCCAGUGGCAGCGGUAAUGAGAACUAUAACAAAAAUCAGACUGAACUGCAGGGAAAGAAUUUUGGUAGUAAAAGAACCCAUGAUGUUGAUGCUGAGGCGAAAAAUAGGCAUCCGUACGAUGUUUCUCACGACAGGCAUAAUCGGAUGCAACAAAAUGGUACUUCUAAGGUGUAUUCCUCCAAUACAACCGAACAAAAUUUUAAGAAUCAAUUUAGAUAUCAACCAAAUACUAAUCCUGGGAACCGGAUGUCUAUGAAUCCCAAUAUGCAAAGAAGCGAAAACUAUUACAGCAAUCAAAAUACCAACACAUCUGCGAAUACGUGGGUAUGGCGAGUAGGUGAUAAGUGUAUGGCCAAAUAUUGGGAAGAUAACAGGUAUUACAAUGCUGAAGUUACUGGUGUUUCCGAGAGAACUUGUGUAGUGCAAUUUAAGGGAUUCGAGAACUAUGAGGAAGUGCUUCAGGCAGACUGCAUACCAAUAACAGAUGACUAUCAGAUUCAGGAUCAUGCUCCGGAUAUAAGACGGCAAGAUCAGCGUACUAACAAUCGACAUCCUCGUUAUGAUCAGGGCCACAAUCAUAUAAAUGCAGGUAUGGAAUUUCGACGAGGCGGAAGUGGUACUGCCGGUGGGAAUAAGGGAUACAAUAAAAAACGAAGUCAGCAGCGAAGUGCACAACCUAUCUAUCAACCACCGGCGCAAAGAGGACACAAUUCUAUGCCAAUUAAUAGUCAAAAUACUCAACAUAAUUCCUUUUUUUAAUGUAACUUUAGUCUCACAUCUUUAGUGAAAAAAAAGCUUCUACUAAGUAUUGAAGCAGUUAAAUUUGCUACUGAGGAUUGAUCUAACAGGUUGCUACACAUUAAUCCGACAGGUUAAGUGCUGUUAAUAUUAAUAGACGGUGAGUUGUGUGCCACAUUUGAUUUCCAUUUUAACUAAAUUAAAUACGUGAUAAUUUAAUACGAAGCACAAACUGGCUUUUCAUGUCAUACAUACAUGAGAAGGAAGAACAUUACUGUAAAAUAUCGACUGUGUUCUCAGAAUAUUAUAAUAUUUGUAUUGUAGAAAAAUUGAUUCUUACUACUGCAGAACAGAGCAAUGUCUGUACCUCGUCCACUUUAGCUGUAAUACUAAUAAAUCUUGUAAUAUCUAAUUCA